GUUUUCGCGCAAGUAAAUGUAUAUAAGGUGGGAUGGUUAGAACUGUUUGCAUAAACAUGCAUGUGGUCAUACGACAUUUAGCCUUAGGUUUUACUAAGUCUGUUCAUGUAUGUAUAAUCUCAGGCCGACAUUGGUAAGAUUUCGCCUGAUAUUCAUGCUUGUGUCCAGCUCUUUCUGGUCACGCAUGCACUCAUCUAACUACACAAAAUUGUUGACUCAAGUAAUAGUCUUUUCAUAUAUUUCACUACGACUUUGGCUCACAAACGGUGAAACCACGGGUUAAACUAUUUUGCUGUCGAGCUAACCAGAUCUAAGGUAGCUACUAUCAGCUCCCAUCAAUUUAGUGCAGUUUCACUUUUUCAUGAGAUAUGUAGUUUACUGCUUGAAGUUUACUCGAACUAAAAGUCUUGGUCUCCACAUAUCCUUACGACUAUUAGUUCUUUGAUCGGUAUCUUGAAAUUUAUUCAGGUCAGUAGGUUGAUAUCUAUUAUUAGUUUCAUCUAAAUAUUUACUAUCAGCCAUAGAAGUCUCCAAAAGUAUACGUUCAGACCGUAAUUGAACUUCUUCUCUUGAUUGAGUUUAUGGUUGGCAUAUCAUGAAGUACAUAAUGGUGUUUAUCGACUAAUCCUUAUUGAUUGACUCAUGUAUGUGGAGCUGCUGUAGCUAGUAGAUUUGGGCAAGUCCAUAUUGGAGAGCAAAUUCCUUGGUUAUGUCGUUUAUGCAAUUUUUCAUUUGGUUCUCUGGAUUGAAACUUAUAAGCUAUAUUUGUUUUGCGAUCUGUUCAUUUUCGGGAGGUAUGACUGGAUACCAAAAGCAAUAGGCAAUUUUUUUGCUUUUUAUCUAAUGAAAACAUUUCAUUUAUUAUAUAUUUGAACACAAAUGUUGGUACAAAGGGGCACGAAAUACAAAUGCGCCACACAAUAACAAUGAGACUAGUAGCAGUUAUCACUGAUUUGUGUGAGGGCUGUGAUACUGCUUGGGUGCCCAGAACGAAGCAGGUGGCUUUCUUAGAGGGCCACACCCUGAGCCUUUGACCUAAAAGUCUAAUCCACAAGGCCGUGGAGCAACGUCAGGAGAUGCAGUCCCAUGUUAGCAGUAACCAGAAUUAGGUUCAUACCCCAUUUGUUUCCUUAGGAUCCUGGAGCUCGUGUGCACCAUCGGUUUGGAAUCAGGGUUUUUCCAACUCCCCUAGAUGGAUCCUCCAUAUCCGCCAACCUGGCUAAAGCACCGGGCAUUUUCUUUUCAUCCUCUCAGUUUCGUAAACAACACCCCUGACGCGAGAAGUCGGUGAGUUGGACUUCCCUGAUAGUGGCUGUAUGGCCUUGUGAGAGCAUUUUGAGGAGCUGACUGUCCCCACCUUCGGUCGUACCACGGUAUUCGGGGGCAAUGAAAACAAUAAUAUCAGAUGACUUAUCGGUACAGCCAUUCUACAUACUUUGAAGUUCCCUCAUAAAAUGUUCAAGCGUAACGAUCACUAGUUCCUGUUAGUCGUUAUUCCUUUGAAUCCUACAUAUUCUCAGUCAGUCAGUCAGUCAGUAACAACGUAGAACUUCGUACGUACGUACAUCAGUUCGAGUUGCCACACCACCUUAGCACAGAGAUGCAGUUGUCGAUUCAAAUCCCGUAGUAGAUUCUGGACUUGAUGGAUGGGUUUGGAUUUAGUGUAUACCUACAAAUGACUGCGUUUUAGUAAGUAUAGUUUUCUUCGUUCAUAGUGUUAUGAAAUUGAAUAUUAAGUAAAACUAUUUCAGCUACAUUUAAAUAAUUUUCAGUUUAAAAUCAAUGAAAACUUGAUCACGUUUUCUAUUUGGCCCUGGAACUCGUGACACGUUGCUGUACAUUCCGUAUCUCGUGACUGCUGAGCUAUAAACCAUGUACAAGGUCGUAAAACCUUUCCAAGCAGCAGGAUUUUACUGUUCAAACUUGACAACAAAGUAUAGCCAGACAUCCUAUUGCCUUCAAGAACUGUUUGUGAAUCCUCAAAUCCACAACCUUUUACGUCUGAUUACUUGCAUAGAUUCAAACACAGUUCACCAACGACGCUAUAGAAGAGCUGGGAAGGAAAGUAUUAAACUUCUUAAUGAUGCCGAACUAAAUAUAGUCAAAAAAUAUACUGCCGCUUUUACGGAACAAAAGUUGCAGAUGCCACCUGUUUUAAACCCAAGAACCUCUGUAAAUAGCCAAAUCAUUUCUCGAGAUAGCGGUCUUCAAGGGAUUAUUCCGGGAAAUAUUAAACUAGUUUUUACAGAUACCACACUAAAGCGUGACAGAAAGAACCGCCUCAUAGUAGUUAGAGAGUCAAAUGGUAACUUAAGACACGCAGACCUUUCUGAACGUGAUCGUAUUAACCAAGUUUACUUUCCUUUGUCUGGUCGGAAGUUGUUUAUUCCCAUGAUGUUUGAAGACGAGCAGUUAGAUGCACUUUUGGACCAAGGCUCAUUUUUGUAUAUUUUGGACAGAACAUGUGUUCAAUUCGAACCAGAUGACCUACAUUUUAGUCGAAUAUGCCAUCGUGUUUAUGAACGUGUGAACCAUUUAGCUUGGACUCCAUUUGAAAAAACCGCUGAAUCGAUAACCAACGGUCUAACCAACCCAUUGCUUCUACUACGACACACACGCUAUUACGGUCCCUUAGCUUUAUAUAUGAUUGCUCAAUUAGGUUCUCCUGGGCCACUUGUUUAUGAGACUCUUGCACAUCAACAUUACAAUCGCUUAGGUUGGGUACUUCGUUUAGUUUGUCUUCUUAGACCCUCUAGUCCUUUUGCCGUCCAUACAAAGUCAAAUGUCGAUUUAAUACCUCCGCCGAUACAGACUGUUUUAGACUACACAAAGGAUUUGUCCCAACAAAAUAUGAGUCCAUCCGAGAUUAGGAAGUUGCUGGAUUAUGUUGAGCUUUUCAUCAAUCUGGAACCUUUAAGCAAAGACAAACAAGUCAUACUCAAUGAUUAUCUUCAACGAGCUCGAGAAGGUAUCAAAAUGAACAUAGAAACAAUGGAUAGUACUUAGUUAUUUUAUGUACAUAUGAUGUUAGUUUUGUUGUUAGAGAAAAAGAAAUUGUAUGAAAAUAAAUAAACAAUCCAACUUAAAUAUUCGUCAUUUUUUACUUAAAUGUAUAUUGAAUGCUUGUUUUAAAACUAACCAUAAGACUAUUCCUUAAUAAUAAUAUAAACACAGCAACAGUAGAUCCUCUUGUAAUCCGGGGGUUAUGGAUACAUACUUAACCUUUAUGAAUGAAUUAUUUAAGUGUUGUCAUGUUCCUAAUGAGAGCUACUCCUAUUUCAGUAAGUAGAUGCAAUUAUUAUUAAUACACGGAGUACAGAAUCUUCCAUUCGAACUUAGCUACGUAUUUAGUUUGACAGUUGCUUUAAGUGAUUUCCAAAAUGGCUAAAUAACGUAUAUCUUUUGAAUUUAAUCUUUUUAAAAGCUCAGAAUUAACUGAAAAUCUAAGGUACAUAUAAUUUUCUUUCCUGAAUGGUACACUAAUUUAUGUGGAGAUAAGCGAAAAUCGUUUUCUUUCUCGGGAAUGUCCUUUAACAUCAGAUGAAAUUUAAGGAAAAGUUUGUCCCAUAUCUUUGCUAUUAUGGGUAAUCGAUAAAAAUGCGAUGCUAUGCAGUUCUAGGUAAAAUAAAAGACAUUAGAAAUUACUUAGUAAAUAAGGUUCUAGCUUUCAGUACUUGACUUGGUUAUUACAAGUAGAUUUAUCCACUGGAACUGUGACAUCGGUGUUGGUCCGUACUGACGUCAGGUUUUGAUCAAAAUGAUAACCAAAGCAGCAUCAGUCUCCUGAAUCUUUAUUGACAGUGUUUUUUUGUUGAUAUUCUGAACUACAAAAUUUUUAAAAAGUGUUAGUGAUAAUAUAAGUGGUGUUUUCUAUCAUUCUGGAAGCGACCGAGGAUAAUUUGUUCAUUCGCUCAAUCAUACUUUAUGUAUAAUCAUUGUAUUGCUUGGCGAUUUCAUUCCAAAUGUCAGGAGUACGGACAACAGAAGUGUCAUUUGGUUGAGCCAUAGAAAUUUAUUGGUUACAAGUCGAAUAAUAGAAUAGUCUUUUGAAGCUUAUAGCUUGUUUUUGUCAACUUCAUCUUUCAGUAUAGCCGUCAAUGUAUCACUUGACAUGCUCCGACUAGUUUAGAUAUGGAAUAAGAUAGAUUGCGUUGUAACCAAUUAGCGAUGAUGAUUGUGUGUACAGUAUUACCACUCGUUUUACGAUACCCCAUUAUCCACCAAACUCAUUUUAAGCUUUGAUGCCUCAAAUAUUCGUCAUUCAAAUCGGUUGUACCUAGUACUGAAGUUUUAAGUAUUAUUCAUACCGUAGUUUUCAGUGUCCUCAAUAAACGGAUACACUUUUCAGAGUAAUGAACUCCAUCUUGGCUACGUGCCUAAUUAGAAGGUAUCCGUUGGCGUUGUUGUGCUUAAUAUUUAUUUCUUAUCCAGUUGAAUACUUAUUUUCAUUCUUAUUUUGCUAUGGUCCUACAGCUCAUGAAUGAAGUUGGGUUUUAUGUGAGUACUGCUUAUGGGUUGUUUUUAAAUUAUUGCUGUGGGCGCCCAUGGUACUCUCGUGUUUCUCCUUCUUUGAUUGUGGGUGCUUUACCACUCAAAAAGUCCUGGGAUAAAUGGCAGGCAGAUGAAAAUAUCACACAUAUAGUGAGCAUGUUGGAACCAUUCGAAGUAAAAUCAUUUGUCAUAGGAGAAAAGGAUGCUGUGAAUCAAGGCAUUAAAUAUCUCUCUCUACCAGUUCGUGACUUUGUGGGAGUUCCUACAUUUGAGCAGAUUGAUGCUGGAAUUACAUUUAUCAACUCUUGUGUACAAUCAAACGGAUGCGUGUAUAUUCAUUGUAAAGCCGGUCGUACACGUUCAGCAUUCUUAUUAACUUGUUAUUUCAUGUAUACAGAAUCUUUAAGUGUUGAUGAAGCGAUUGGUCGUGUCAAAUCCUUUAGAAAACACAUAGUUUUCAGGUCAAUGCAUAAAAUAGGUUUAGAAAAUUACUUCAAAUUUUUAAAUGAUAGUAAAAAAAGUGAAAAUGUAACAAGUUGAUAAUGGCUCGUUAUUCAACUGUAUUAACUCAUCAAACUUUAAUACUUUUGGAAAUCAUUUCCAUUGGCCUGGCAUGCAAGUAUAAAUAUGCAUCGGACAAUCUUUUGAAUGUGUCUAAUCUUAAACUAUUGCCAAUUCUAAUCAGGGAAAAUCCUUUAUUAUUCGUGCAAUGUUUUCAACAAAAAAGUCCGUCUAUUUUUACGAAUCAUUUAUUCAUCUUUACUUUGUGCGUUUUUAUUACUUGUACAAAUCUCAAUUCAGUAUGAAAAGAGACCUAUUUUCUUUUAUUGAGUUGUUGUGUGAAAUAGUUUUUCUUUUGAUUAUCAUACAACUGUUUAAUAUACUUUUUUUAAAUGAGAAAGUUAACACUAAAUUAGAUUGAGCAAAUGUAUUGUUCACUGUUCAGAAUAAAUUUAUUUGGAUAAAAAUAUGUUUUCCUUUCUCAUAUCACAUUGUAAUGAUUGGUUGGAGCAUUUUAUGUUCUUGAUUUAUGCUCUGACGAUUACUGUUAAAUCUUUAGUUCAAGGAUAAUCUAGAUAGUGAACUAUUCUAUAGUAGUUGCUUUACUUUUAUACCUUUUGAUCAAAUGUGUUUGGUCUCACAUUUUACUUAGAGUAGUUCUAUAUCUAUUACUAGUAAAAUAACAAUUAAAAGGGAACCACAUACAUCAGUCUCACGUCAUUGACUUACCCACAACUAAAAGUGUUAUAAAAUACUUCGGUUAUUUGCAUUAUGCGUUUGUUCAGGCAACUUGUUACAACUUAGGUAAUGUGAGCAUUGAUAAAUCAGUUAAGAUUCAUUGCCAAUAAACUCGAUGACAUAUGAGUGAAGCAACUGGGCGCUAUUUAAUCUAGCUGGGCAACAUCACUGGGUGGCAUUGGAGGCUUUCAAUCACUCAUAUCACUCAGUAACUUAUAUGAUGAGGUUUUCCUGUCUUCAUUAUCAUCUUAAUUCGAAUAAAACAUUUAUUAGGAUAUCCAGUAAACUCUAUCAAGUUUUACAGCUAAAGCAGUUUAGUGUGGAUAAAUAGUUUCCCCUUUUUUAGGUUUUAUGUGAACAUCAGGGGUAUAAAAAGCAUAAAAACUCUUCAUUUUUCACCAAGGCAGUUGAUUGUGCUACUGUGUUUUUUCUGGAACUAGGACUUGUAUUGUUCUGUCUGAUUACUACAUAGUUUCUCAUUGCUGAUUGCAUGGAUUAAGGCAAAGCGAAGCGCAAAAUAUUUAGUUGGUCGAAGUUAAAAAUUAUCUCAGGUGUAAAAACAGGUUUGAUUGUUCAAUUCUUUCAAUUGAAGUUAGUAUCCGCAUACGAUUACAGAUUCCUUAGUUCGGAAACUGUAAUGAGGAUUGAACGUGUUAGUCAAAACCAACCUAUUUUGUAAUAUUGGCUGAGUUUAGUUUUUAAAAUCAAUGCUAGGACGAGAAAAAGGACUUAGAUGGUUUCACUGUCAUGUUGAGUUCAACAACACUCUUUCUAAACUAAAUAGUUCGUAGAUUUUGAAAGCCAAAGCAGAUUUAUUUUUAGCUGUUUGUUUAUGAUCUUAAAGCUUUUUCUUGACUCCAGUGUUGCGGUCAGCAUCGAUAGGAUACUUUGAUAUUAAGUUUCUUGGGAUUCCUUCCUAAGAAAAUGCUAACUGAUACUCUACAAAAUUUAAUAUUCUGCUAAUUUUUAGUCCUAAAGUCGGUAUGUCUCGUUGAGUUGUAAAAACCUCCAUUGUGGACUUUAUCUAUUUUGCUAUUAUUGUGUAGUCAUCAUGGUUUUAAUCAUUCGUAUUCAUUACUUUUUAUUUAUAUCCUAAGAAAAUAGUUUCUCAUUCUCAAGUUGAGUUGUAUCUUUUCGGAUAUACGGUUUUACUUUCUUUAAAGUUUUUUUUAAAAAGUUAUAGGUACAUUUGAAUAGGAAGGUUUUGAUUUCGAACGAUUUCAGCCCACUAAUCCAAGAUAUUCACCUAAGAACUAAUCAAGGCCUUUUGAAAGGUUUAUUAAAUAGUUUUGGUAAAUGCAUUUAUACACCUUAUCUUUGAUUCUACGGUAACUAGGAGGUUCACUAUUACCUUUCUUAUUUUGUGUUUUAUAGUAUGAAUAGGUCUGCCGGAAACGUUCGUGAACCACAUGAUGAUAUAUUAGUCAUCGAUAGUGAUGCUGACAUCAAGGAUUAUAUUCAUUCAUCUUGUGGUAGUGACGAAGAGGAGGGGUUCGAUCCAAAUAUAGCUUCUACUGAAUUGAAACAAUAUAAACCUGACUAUCCAGUUGAAACAUGUGAUGGUUCUCCAGGACAAAUUCGUCAGAGGGUGGUGAAGGAAAAGGAAGUGAAUGAUAGGUUUAGUUUGAACACGUGUCCUGCCGAAAUAAAGCAAAGAAAAUAUAAUGAUUCUACCAAAGUGUGUAAUAAUUCUGAGGAACAGUUUUGUCACAGAACAGUGAAAAAGGAAGAUACAGGUACUUCCGAACUGGAUUCAAAUGGAAAUCUUCAAUUCAAAUCUUUAAUUCUUGGAUAUCACACAUCAUUUACAAACAUAUAUGCAAAUUAUAAUUGUUACCAUUUAUGUUUAAUACUAGCCUUAAUUCUAAGACUUGUGCUAGUUAUUUUCUCUGUAUGGCAGGAUACAGUUCGUUGGCCGGACGGCCAACUACGAUUCACGGAUGUGGAUUACGAUGUGUUUUCUGAUGCUGCUCAAGCUUUUGUCGCUGGGGAAAAUAUUUAUAUUGAGCGUCCCACUUAUAGAUAUUCACCACUUAUUGCUGUUGUUCUCGCUCCUGGUUACUGGUUGUUUUCUGACGGUAAAUAUUCAGACACUGAUAGAAAAGAAGUGAAUAUUAGUUCAGAUUUUGUUGACUUAUCAGUAGAACCACAGUUCCGAUCGCCAAAACACAUAACUCCUCCUUCUCUCGCUCGUCUUUGGGGUAAAUUAUUAUUCAUCACGGCUGAUUUAAUCUGUGGUUGCAUACAAUAUAGAAUUAUUCAAGAUAAACAGUUUCUGAACAGUUUACCAAAUCCAAAUACUGUCAAUCGAAAUAAAAAAAUUCGACGAAGUUCCAUUUCGUUCAAUACAGACCAAUUAGCAUUAUAUCUUGUUAGUUUCAGUUGGUUAUUCAAUCCUGUUACAUCAGUAGUCUCUGCUCGUGGUAAUGCAGAUGGAUUACAAAGUUGUGUUGUUUUAGCAUGCCUAUGUUGUAUUCUAAACCGUCGGAUCAUUCCAGCUGGAUUUUUAUAUGGGUUAUCUAUUCAUUUACGUAUAUUUCCAAUCAUUUAUGCACCAUCUAUCUAUUUAUGGCUGAUAAUGACUGAUAAUAGUCAUAACAAGGAUAAUCAAAAGAAAAAUGAAGCAUCGACACAACAAUCUCAAAGUGUGUUUUCAAUUUUAUUCAAAUUACCAAACCGAAAUCAUUAUCUUUUUGGUAUCAGCUGUUUACUUAGUUUGACGAUAUUGACGGGAUUAUGUUAUUUAUAUUUCGGUGGAAUGUUGUUUCUGCAACAAGCCUAUUUCUAUCACUUUACUCGAUCAGAUUUUAAACAUAAUUUUGCUCCACACUUUUUAAGUGUUUAUUUACUCUCUGGAAAAAAAUGGAUAGCUGAGAAACAAAUAUUGCCUAUAUAUGAUUUACGUCAAUGGUUGAAUAAUGCGUGGAAUGAUUUAUCUACUUUAAUAGCUUACUGGGGUGAUAUUAAUAGUGGUGGAUAUUCUUACUCAAUAUGGAAUUUAUUGUUAAAAAAUCUUAGUACACCUGUGGUUUUGGGGCGUUUAUUUAAUGUAACUUCAAUUAUACCGUGUAUAAUCCUAAUUCCAUGCUUGUCUUUUAAACUGUAUUCCAACAUAAGUCUGUGCUGGUUCGCGCUUACCUACAUGUUUGUCACAUUUAAUAGGGUAUGCACGGCUCAGUAUUUUCUAUGGAGUAUAUGCCUUCUUCCAGUUGCUUUGGCUGAUAUACGUCUACCUUCAAGUAUUACACCAUAUCGUGCUAUAGUACAAAAUUUAAUGUUAUGGUUUGGAUCUCAAGGUAUAUGGCUUGCUUCUGCUUAUGCACUAGAAAUGUGUACAUUACAAAAACCAUUUCUAAAUCAUAUCAUUUGGAUAAUUGUUUGGAUAGCAUCUUUAAACUUUUUUGCCUGUAAUAUUUUCAUUUUGUCUCGUUUAAUCAGUUGGCGUAAUAGAUCUUUAUCAAACAAUCAUCAAGAAAUUUCAUCAUCAGAAGUUAUUAAUUAUAAAACUACCGUUUCUCCUAUUAUUGAUUCUACUAUUACUGUAACAACCAAUACUACUACUACAACUUAUCAGACAUAUCGCAUAUCUAACAAAAAAAUUUUAUAACAAAAUGAUUGGAUUGUUUGUUUAUUUGUUUUUCUUUAUUUAAACAUGAACAAUCCAUUUAACUUUGUUUAUUGUUGAUCAUAUUGAUAAUUGAUUCAAAGAAUUUAUUUUUGUUUAUUUAUUUGUUUAUUUACAUUCUUCAUUGAAAGAGCAUCGGUGAAAUAACUAAAAUCUAUUUUAUUAUUUAAUAAAUAAUUGAAUUUUUCUUUUCCCCUACUAAAUUUUGUUUUUUGUAUAAACAUUAAUUUUCUUUUGAUUUCAUUUUAUAUCUUUAUGUGUUGUUGAUAAAUUGAACAUAAAGAGAAAAUUCUCUUUGCGUAUGUUGUACAUGUAAUUGAACUGUUCAAUAUCAUUUUUAAUGUAUCUAAUUUUUCUUCUUUUUAUUGUUAGUAGUUGAUUUUCUAAUAUUUAAUGGGAUUAGUACCCCCUAAAAUGUUCUGGUAUGGCCGAGAGUGGUGUGGGCCCACCCUCCCUCUCAAAAUGCCACGCGUAUACAGCCUCUGCCAGGGAAGUCCUACUCAAUGCCUUUUCGUGGCGGGGGUGUUGUUUACGAAAAUGAGAGGACGAAAAGUGAAUGUUCGGCGCUUUAACCGGAUUCCAAACCAAUGGUGCACAUGGGCUCCAGUAUCCUGCGGGAACAAAUGGCGUAUGAACCAAUCGUUGGUCACCGGCUACCAUGGGACUGCAUCUCCUCACGAUACUCCACCGCCUUGUGGGUCAGACCUUUAGGUCAAAGGUUCGGGGUGUGGGCUCCUAAGAAAACCACCUGCUUCGGUCUGUGCACCCGGGCAGUAUCCCAGCCCUCACACAGAUCGAAUGAUUUAUGUUGCUCAUAUCUAUUUGGUACCUCCUUGUACCAAUGUUUAUGUGUUUAAAUAAUAAAUAAAUAGAUGGGAUUAGUAAGGGUGGUGUCUUCAAUCCUAUAUGGAUCCUGAUCAAAUAAUCGAUUG